AUGGGACCGAAAUACGAAUGCACCGCACUAAUACGGUGGUCAGGUUCCAAGUUCUGCCUUCCGCCAGAACCCUUGAUCACUGUUCUCACGUGUGCAUGCUUGUCUCAGCUCUCCCCUUUAUUCACCCAGGAAUGUGAAAUGCCCUUGCGGCUUUGCGGUCCGACCAGGUUUGAUAUAAUAAUUGUCAGCGCCUUUGCUAUCGACUAUCAAGCCGAUAACAUUAUGGAGAGCAACAACACCCAUGUCUUGACGAUAGCUGUCGGAGCUGCUAUUGUUUUCUUCUUCUGCGUGGUCAGAAAAUUGCGAUGUAUGUAUUUACAGUCACAGUUUGCUAAGGAAUAUGGUUGUGAGCCUGUAUUGUCAGCCUCGAAAGAUCCUCUUUUCGGCAUCGAUGUGCUUCUGGAGAACAUCCAAGCAGCGAAAUCCCACCGUCUCCUCGAACUCAUCCAACACCGGUUCCAACGGUACGGACAUACAUUCCGUGUAAAGCGAUUCACAACCCCCUUAAUUAUAACCUGCGAACCGGCGAAUCUAAAAGCUGUCUUAUCCCUCAAAUUUAGAGAUUAUGGUCUGGGAAGUCGUAUCGCGACCUUCGGUCCGCUAUUGGGCCAUGGAAUCUUUACCUCCGAUGGCGAGCACUGGGCUCAAUCCCGCGCCAUGGUGCGUCCCAAUUUCGUCAAGGACCAGAUUGCGGAUUUAGAGAAGCUUGAGGAGUUGAUGCAAGGUCUGUUGGCGUUAAUUCCUACAGAUGGCUCAACCGUGGACCUGCAAGAUCUCUUCUUCUGCUACACGCUCGAUUCCGCCACUGAAUUUCUUUUUGGCCACAGUGUCCAAAGCCUGAAUCAGCGUCUGUCUGGUGUGGUGCCUAAUGAGAAUGAUUUUGCUUCAGCUUUCAACUAUGCGCAGCAUGCUAUUGCUAGGAACACCCGUCUCGGUUUCUUAGGGCGAGUUCUUCCUGACCACAAGGCGACGCGAUCCAACCGUAUCUGUCAUAGCCUGGUGGAGCAGUUCAUCGAUAAGGCGCUCAAGUACCGUGAAGACUAUGCCAAGAAGAGCUCGAACGAUGAGGGAAGGCAUACCCGCUAUUUGUUCUUACAGGGUUUGGCUGAACAAACAGGUGACCGCGACCGCAUCCGUGAUGAACUCAUGAACAUCCUCCUUGCCGGCCGUGAUACCACCGCAUCGCUACUGAGCAAUUUGUUUUUCAUGCUGGCUAGAAGCCCGAACAUCUGGAAGAAGCUGCGCGAGGAGGUUGCGACUCUCAACGGUCGCGCACCCACAUACCAGCAGCUUCGGAACCUGACAUACCUUAAACACUGUCUGAAUGAGUCGCUUCGUUUUCACCCAGUCGUCCCAGUAAAUUCUCGUAAAGCACUGAGCAAUACUGUGCUGCCAGUCGGUGGCGGUUCCGCCGGAAGAUCCCCAGUUUUCGUGCGUAAGGGUACUAUCGUGUUCUACAGCGUGUGGGCAAUGCACCGUCGUCAAGAUCUAUAUGGACCCGAUGCAAAUGAGUUUCGUCCGGAGCGCUGGGCAGAUCUGCGCCCAGGAUGGGAAUACUUGCCGUUCAACGGUGGUCCUCGGAUCUGCAUCGGCCAACAAUAUGCCUUGACCGAAGCCGCAUAUGUUACUGUCCGUCUGGCACAGCAGUUCUCAACUCUGGAGAGCAAGGAUCCUGGCCCGUGGGAGGAAGCACUCACCUUGACUCUGUGCUCUCGAAAUGGCACUAAGGUUUGUCUAAGGCAUUGAAGCUGGGCGUGAGAUCAGGUUAGAUAUUGUUCUGGAUUACCCUUUCAACUGAUGAUGUUGAUCUCUCUGUUCGGCAAUAUUGGCUGCAAUUAUUGGUCUGAGAUAAAUGGCUUCCGGCUUC